AAAACCGACUGUGGUGUGACGAAGGGAUUUCUUCUUUUUUUUUUUGUUGUGUUGAUUCUUUACGGAAAACUCUCUGCUUGCUUUUUUUCUAUCGAAAUUUUUCCGCGCUUGUCGCACCUUUUUAACAGACGUGCGUUUGUCUGUUUCGAAUCGCAUUUCCUGACUCUUCUGUUUUGAACACGGCUGAUCGUCACUUAAUACUUACCUAAAGUACUUAAUACAAUAAUAGUUUUUAAUCUCAAACGAGUCUCGUUAUCUUGAAAAUUUUCUUUGUUUGCCAGGUGAACGUAUGCUGCUGAUUUAGAUCGCGUUCCGUCAAGAGAUUACGUCGUUGUAUUGACCAGUCAUUGCCACCAGCUCCAUCGCUGUCAUAUCCGUUUUAUAGUAAGUAACUAUGUUUUUUUUUUCUAUUACCAUCGAUGCUAUGUCAAAACAUGCGCAAUGUGCAUUGCGGAUUUUAAUGUUGUUAAUGAUGACCAUAUGUAUGCUUAAUAUUCAGCGUAUAUCCAACAGAUCAAUCUUUUGACUACUUGUACAUUUCAGUUUUUUACUUUUUGCUUAAGAAGCUACCACCACCUCCUUAUUACCCACUUUCUAGUGUUCCUUUGUGCUAGUCUCAUCAGUAAAGAAGGCGAAUUUACUUUAUUGGGUCACAUCUUAAUACUAUUUUAUUGUCAAAUAAAAUCUAAUCGUAUUUGAGAUAUGAUUUUACUUGCAUUUUAUAGAUAACACUGUACUUGUUCUCUAAAGCAUUAGUCAUGAUUCAGUGUAAUUUUUUGUUAAGCGUGAUUAAAUCACUUCAGUUACCUGUAUUUUUCACUUUUAUUAGAUUUAAAGUUUAAUAAAUGAUAAUUGAUCACUACUCAAUUGUUUUCUUUAAAAUUCUAACAUAGAUACCAGAAUAAAAUAUUUAAAAUAGGUAGGUUUUUUCCGAGAUUUAGCUAUGAAUUAAAAUGUAUUUUAUUUUUAUCAAAUGUAUGGGAUUAAAUGGUAGUCCAAUAAUUUAAUAUAGUUUAUAGAUUUUAAAUUAACAGUAAAUAAUUAUCAAAGAUACACAAAAAGAUAAAGCUAAGACAGAAAAUGAGGUUCAACAUUAUCAAUAAAGAGUGUAGCAACAUAGUUUGUCAACAUUCUGUAUUUGGAUAUUUCAAAGUGACCACAAAUUAUUUCUUCUAUCAUGGUUGUAGCUAUCAAUAAAUAUCCAUACAUAAAUAACAAAAAAAGAAAGUUUUAUCAUGUUUAAAUAAUAAUGCAAAUAAAAUCUUUCGAGUUGAAGGAAUCUGAAUACAAUUUUUUCACGAUAACACUUAACAUUUAUUUUUAUUUGAUUUUUUUUUUUUACUUUUACUACUAUAUAUGAACCCAUCUAUUUGGCGUAGUUCAGUUAUAUUUUAAUGUUAAGUCUGUAGUUUUUUCUUUUUAUUGUUGUAUAAUAUUAAAUAGUUAGGUACUUGAAAUUGUCUAAUUAUCUCGUAAUAUUAGAAAUAUAUACACAGACUACUGGACGCUAAGUGAAUUUAUUAUUUGGAAGAGUAAACUGAUAAUGUACUAGUAUUUAUAACUCAAAAUAAUGAGAUCCAAAUCAGAAUUUAAUAUAAUUAUCUAUACUAACUGUAAGUUAUUUUAAAAAUAGGAAUUCUGGGGCUAUACAUGACAAAAUGUAUUGAGCAGAUUUGUGGCGAAUUCAGCUGUCGUUGAAAACUUAUAGAUUUAAAUUCAAGCCGCUAUAAAAUUUGGCCUCGUAUUAAACCACCUUAAUAUUAAUUUCCAGUCAAAUUUUUCCAAAAGAACCAUAAAAUCGCAAACUAGUCUAUUUUCAUUGGUUUUAAUGAUACUGGUAUUUUGGUUUAGCAAAUUUCACAGCAUUUUUUAUAAUCAUACAGUAUUUUAAUACAAUAUCAUUUUAAAUAACAUUUUAUAAUGCAAUUGUCAAACAUUAAUUUGAUGAUAUUGUAUCUUUUUAUAUUAUCCAACUUUGAUAAAUGGUUUGACCUAACAGAAUCAACAUUUCAUUAAAUGUCUGUGUAGACAAAUGUCUGGUUAUAAUGUAUGUAAUUCACUGUAAAUGUAAUAAAAUUGGCCUUCUUUUUCGGUCUCUUCCAAUGCUGUUAACAGCUUCAAUUUCGGCCAUACAAAAUUUGCCAGUAGUUAUGUUUUUGGUGUUUUUAUUUAUAUGGACACUAUGAAAAUGACUGAAUAAUGAAUAUCAUAAGUUCAUAAGUAAGUGCGAGUACACCUAUAGCCAAUGUGAAUGUUCUCGAGAAUCUCUCCGCCACGAGAUAGAUAUAGAAGCUUAGAAAUUUUGUUAAUAAUAAAAAUUAUGAUAUGAAUAAUAUAGUUAUAUUAUAUUAUAUGGUAAAAUUUCUGUAGAAUUAUCAACACAUUGACGGACAUUACUGCUAUAGCAGUAAUAUGUAAAUGUCAUAUUACGUAAAUAGUACUGAAGUAGUAAUCUUUUCAAUGGUAUCAAAUCAUAGUGGUGUGCCACAUUAUGGCAGUUUACACUGACAAUUUACAUAGAUUCUGGAUAUAGGUAUAACAUUACUAAUAUAACAGUAAAAAUUAUAUUAUAAGUAUCCGUCAAUGAGCUGAACAAUUUAAUUACAUGAAAUUUGCUGUGUAUAACUAGACAUAGCGAUAAUUGCCCUGUGAAAUCCCCUUAAUGAAUGUUGCUGUGUAGUAUGUAUAGGUUCAGUCUUAACAUUCAAUAUUUGAUACAUAAACAUCCAAGGUUUUAAGUGACCAUACAUGUAGAUAGUAUCACCAUCAGCAAUUAAUAUAUUACUGAUAAGAAUUAUUAUUAAAUAUUAUUUUAGAUUUUUUCCUGGGAUUUUAUAUUGUUUUUUCAAUAAUAUAUUUAUAUAUCGCUUAAUGUCAUUGAUCUCAAAUGCCUAUUUAUUUUUCUUGGCUCAAUUUGUAAGAUGAAGUUUACUUUAAGUUUGAUAAAUAAACAAUAUUAUGAAAGUACCUAGUACUUUAUUAUUGCAGAUAUUUUAUAGAAAUUCAAAUAGAAUACUUAACUAAAACAGAAUAGACUAUAAGUUUUGAUUAACUAUUGUUUAAUUUGAUUUAUGGUUAUAAUUAAUUUUCAAUGAACAUUUUUAUUUAGAUUUAUUAGUUGAGCAUUGAUGCUCAACUAUCUCUGAGUGCCUAAACAUCAAGUGUGAAAAAAUGGUUACCGACAGCUGUCCAAACCCACAGAGUGUGGGCCGUGAGUUUGUUCGUCAGUAUUAUACUAUGUUGAACCAAUCACCUCAUUACUUACACAGGUAUUAAUUUUAUUUAGUCAUUUUAUAAAUAACUAAGUUUAAAAGUUACAUUAAUAUUAUCUUAAUGUAUUAUACCUAUUAUUUAAGUCAUUGUUUCUUCUACAAUUUUAUAUAUAUUAAAAAAAAAAAUACCAUAUAGUUUGUUUUUAUUAAUUUUGUAUUUUUCUAUACCUUUUUUCAUUUGUUUGCUUGGUGUUGAUUUGAAUUUAUUUAAUUUUUACUUUUAUUUGAGAUUCUAAUUAAAUUUCUAUUGCAAGUAUAGUAGGUCUUAAUGUAAAUAGGUACAUUGUACCUAUGUAUUUUGGUUCUAUUUAAAGUACUUCACAUCCAUAUUUGUUUUGAUCGGACUAUACAAAUUCAAUUAUUGUGAUUAUUGCUUAUCUUGUAUAAUUGAUAUAACUGACAAGUGAAUUUUAAAUACUUUAAAUUUUACAAGUUGAUUGAUUUUUGCUCAGGUAACGUACUAAAAAUUGUUUUACCUCUAAUAGAACAAAUCCUAUUUUUUUUUUCUAUAGACUUCACGGGACCUUGUUAACAUAGAUUCCGCCAAUAGAGCAAGUCCUAAGUUAUUAUUAUGUUGACCUCUAAAGUUAUAACAUAUGUUUUUCAAUGCUUAUAUCAAUAUACUAUAGUUGAAUAUUAACUUAUAACUUGCAUUGAAAGUAUGAAAAUAUUAAAUUUGCAAAAAUAUUUAUGUGUAAGUUACAAAUAACAAACGUGGGUGUGAGUGAUAUUUCAAGGUCUAAUUUUAUUAAAGUAAAAUGUCAAGUUAACCAUAAACAUUUUAUAGUAAACUUAUUUGUUCACCGUAGUUUAAAUAAUAAAUACAACUAUUUUGUUUAAGAUAUCAAAUUUUUUUUUAUAGAUUCUACAGUAGUGACUCAUAUUUUGUACAUGGUGGCUUGGAACCAUAUAGCCGGGACAUGACUCCCAGCAUUGGUCAAAAAGAAAUUCAUAAACGGGUACAGGAGCUGAAUUUCCGUGACUGUCAUGCUAAGAUACUGCAAGUUGAUUCACAGAACACGCUUGGAAAUGGGGUUGUAGUCCAUGUCACCGGUGAACUAUCCAACUGUGGGCAACCAAUGCGCCGUUUUGCGCAGACAUUUGUUCUGGCUGCUCAAUCUCCCAAAAAGUAUUAUGUUCACAAUGACAUUUUUCGUUAUCAGGUAAUUUUUAUAUCGGAUGUAUUAUAUGAUAGUUUUUAACAAAUAAUUUUGAUGUAUUGUAGGAUGUUAUGUUAAACGAAGAUGAUGUGAAUGAAGAAGUAGAUUCAGGACAGUCAGAUGGUGAAGAAAAUGGAGAAGUUGAACAAGCUCCACCUGUUCUUCCACAGCCGCAACAUCAAGUUAAUUACUAUAAUCCUCAAACUCAAGGACCAACUUUAAAUGGAGUUACUACUAUGAAUGUAAUAUCCACUUCGGUACCGUUACAACAGUUGCCGCCUGAGCAAAUUCCAGUUCAAGUACAACAGCAUAUAGUGAGUUUCAGUAUUAUUGCCUUUAUUCCAGUAUUAUUGGCUGGCCUCUUAUUAUUGAAUUCAAAGUAAAACCAAUUAGCACUAUAUUUAUCUUCUUCGUUUUUUUUUUUUUUUAAUUUCAUUUAAAAGUAUAAUUAAUUAAAUUAUUAAACUAUGGCAGGAAAUACAUAAAUAAAUGUAUAGUAAUUAGAUAUUGUGAAGUUAAUAAGAAUAACUAUAGAAUAAAGGUAUUAAAAUAGAAUUACAACUCUAUUGCUUUUUCUGACACCAUUGAGUCUUAAUAAUUUUACCACUUUAACUAUAGUUAAUUGUGUAUUUAAUCAAUUACUGUGAUAUAAAAAAUAGUUUAAAAAAAAAUGUUAUCUUAAGUAUUUUCAUAAUUCUUUAUUCUCAUUUUUUACAAUCCACAUUUUAAUUUCACCAUCAUUUGGUGGAAAAACAAUGUGGUUUUGCUUGUGCAACCAAAUAAUAUGUAAUUAAAAAAGAUUAAAGUCACAGAACAGAACUACAAAAACAUAAUAUCUUAUGUUAUACAAUAGAAAUAUUAUUACCUCAGAUUUUGGACCUUAUAAACUAAUAGACACGUCAUACGUUGAAUAUUUUGAUGCUGUCAUCGCGUUGCUUGUGACAUCACAUUUAGGCAAUACAGUCAACCACAAUAUGUCGUAGCUCAAUGAAUUACCGUCAUCGGUGUAAUAUGUAAACGCGGUAUCCUCCAAUUUUUUUAAAUUUAUUUAUUAUAAUAAAAACUGCAUUGUACAUUUUAAUUAUAUAAUAUCUCAUUGUUAAAUAUAAUUUCUAAUUUUUUAAAAAAAAUUGAAUACACUACGUAUACGUUUAUGUUGUCUUAAAUCGAGUCAGCUUUAUAAUGCAAUCUUAUCCUUAAAUGUUUGGCAAUAAUAAUGUUUACUAAAGAUAUUGUAUGAUUACCCUGAGGAUCUUCAUCAAACAUGAUCAUGUAAACAUUUAAAAACAGAUUUGUGCAUAUUAUGAAAACAUUCAUUUUUAAUAUUUCUAUAAUGUUCCCUUUAUUUAAAUUAUCUGUUUUCUCAAAUAUUAUAAAUUCAACUUCGGCCAACAUAUCAAAAAUAUUGAAUAAUUCAGGUCAUUUUAAGUGGCAGAUCAUCGUGUGACACUCUGUUUGUCUAAUUUUCUAUACAAAGAUUCAAAUUUAAACAAAAUAAUAUAGGCAAAUAAAAAAUAGUUAAAUAAUAACUUUAAGUCAACGAAAAAAAACUCACAAUUAGUAAUAAACUAAUAAACCAAUAUUAUAAAUUGAUAAAUGUCCAAACGUGACAUAUCACGAAAAAUAUCAUGACUACAACAGUGUGGUGCUGUAUAAACAUAAGGCAUAUCUAUAAAUUAUAAGUUGAAGACCAAAGUUUAAUUCCAUUCAUAGAGUAAUCAAAUAAGCAUUAAUUAGUUGUUAAAAUUUGAUACUAGCACAUCUGUUAGAACUAUUCACAUAGACCAUUAGUAAUUGAUAAUUCAGCUACGAGAAUGACAGCCUUAUUUGAUAUUUAUGAUUAAAUAAUUGUUAACUGUAAUAUAUUUAGUGUGCAUUUUGUAUGAAAUUCAAAGUUAAAACCCGCAUUUAAUAGAAGAUUCUUUUUCAGACAAUUUAUCUUUUAUGAUUCUAACAAUGGAAAUACUUCUGGAUUUACUUCCUAAAUAAUAUAAGAAAGAAUAUCUACCUACUGAUUGUGUUUUUAAUGGAAACAUAGAUAAGACAUAUUAAAAUUUGUAUUGAAUGUUUUCUAGCCUACUGUUACUGCUCCGAUACAAAAUCUGGCUCCAACCGUUUUACCCCCUAAUAAUAAUUUAAUCAGAAAUCAACAGACAUAUAAUCAACACAGCCAAGUUUUAACUGAACAACCUAAAAUCCAGCAUCAAGAAGAACCUUCUACUAUCAACCAUCAUGUUGAUGCAAAAGAAAAUCAAGAACUCAUUAAAAAGGAAAAUAUACCGAUUACUGAAGGUAUGAAAAUAAUAGUAAUUAUUAAUAGUGAAUUAUUACUUUAAAAUUAAGAUAAUAGUACAAAUAAGUUAUUGUUUUAACAUGGAGGAUUAUAUAUCCAGAUCAUAUUCCAUUAUUUUUUUUCAUACUAGUGUUGGGGGCACCGAAUUUCCCUAUUAAUCUAUGCUAUUAAUAUAACAUUAUUGAAAACUCAGAUGUAGACAUCGCUAAUAUAUUGAUCCUGAGAAAUCAUACUUUGGAUGAAUCGACCAUAUGAGGGCCAUCUGUAAUAAAAAAGUAAAAUAGAUACUCAAAUAAUUAGGGUGAAUUCCAAUGUCCCGUUAAAGCCUCUACUAGCAAAAAAUUUAGCAGCUAAAUUUUAAAAUUUUGUUAAUGCAAUAUAUUGGAAUGCUAAUUUGCCCUGGCCUUAUUAACAGUAUUUUUUUUUUUUUUUUUGGUGUUAACAUAGUAAACAAUAGCAACAUAGAUCCAAUAAGAUAUAAGAUGUCAUAAAAUAUUUUAUACUGUAAAUUUUCAAGGCCUUAAUCUGAUUUAUAGACUAUUCUAUAUCAGAUAUAUUAUUAUCUUAUAUAGUUCUUAGAUGUAUAAAUUUAAUUUUUAUUAAAUAUUAUUAGUAAGCAUAUGUCUAAGUAAUUCAUGAUAUAUAAUUUUUGUUUAAGAUUGUAGUUUAAUAUAAUUAUUAGUUUUUCUGUUAUUCUAUAUCUUUCUGUAUAAUAAUAUUUAAAUAUUGUAUUUCAGCUAUUUCACCAGGAGAUCAACCAAAACCACUAUAUGCACAAUUAUUCAAAUCUGGUAAGCGAUCUACAGAGAGUCACAUUGAAGCUCCUCAAUUGGUAUCAGUUCCAACACAAAAUUAUUCAGCACCAUCUUUACCUAAAGCUACUUCUCCAGUAUGAUUUUAAUCUUUAAAAGUGCAUUGAUAUUUCAUUUUUGAUGAUUAAAUUUGUUUUAGGAUCAGAAUAAUGACUAUCCAAGCAACUCAUUUGCUAAUAAUCAAUAUGAACAACGGAAUAAUGCAAAUAGAAACAUGAGGAACAACUAUAACAGUAGAGGUGGAAUGGGUGGAAGAAACAAUAUGAAUGACAGACCGAACAGAAACUCUUUCAACAAUCGUGAUAAUGGUAAUAAUUUUAUCACAUUCUGUAUUAUUUACUGACUAUACAAAUAUUAUAAUACAAAUGUUGUUAAGUCUGUUUUGUAAACCUACAUUUUUUAAAAUAAAAACCAGUGCAUAUUUGGUUAAUCUAUUUUAGAUAGAGAAUUGGGAAGAUUUUUAUAUUUUAGCUAAGAGCAUGGAUUUUUUUUAUAACGCAUAUAAAAGUUAUACUAUGAUUUUUUUCAAAUGCAUAUUUAUUUAUUUUAAAUACCAGUUUGCAGUUUUGUGAUAACAUUUAUGGUUUGGUUUACAAGUAAUAGUUAUUCAUAAUAAAAUAUUAUUAAUACACAGUAACAAUGAAAAUAAUGCGGAGACAAUAAAAUACAAAUUAUAUAGUGGCAUAUUACCACCCUACAAAAAAAAAAAAAUUAAAUUAAGUAUAAAAACAUUACAAUUAGUUGUACAUUUAAUGUUUAUGAUUAAAAUCAAAAUUAAGGCUAUUAAAAUUACGAAGCAUCCCAUGUAAGGGUUGGUUAUUAUCGUAGGAUGUACUAUGGGCUGUUACUAGGAAGAGGAAGUGAUGUCUGGAGAAAAAAAAAUGGAUACGAAAAUUUAUAUUUGUUAGAUCAGGAGCAUCUACGGUGCCUCUUAAGAGUAAAGAAAUAAAUUGCACGUCAAUAUCCUUUCAGCGGGAUGAAAGUAGUGGAAUUUUCAAUAUACUACGAAUUAAGAAGUAUUCAUGUGAUGGGUGUGUUAUUUUGAGGAUCUGGGUUGUGUAGGAAAGAAACCUAUUUUGAUAACGUUUGAGUCUUAAUUUAUCUUUGGCCAAGUAAAGAUGUCAUACUACCACUAUUGAACAUACCAAUGCGAAAUACAAUGUCAGGAAGUAAUGAGCAGAAGAAAAAUGAGUGAUGUUGUGCUUAAUAAGUCCUAAAACUUUUAAUACUUUGCCUAUGGUUACAUUUAUGUGAUGUUGAAAGUUUAAAGAUGGAGUAUAAUGUAUACCAAGAUAUCAAUGGAGAAAAGAACGGUCAAGAGUGGUGCCAUUAAUAGUUGUGGUGAAUAGGAGGUCGCUGUCUAGAGAAAGUCAUAAUAUGACAUUUAUUUGUAUUUAGGCUAAGACCCAUAACAUGCAUCCAGUUUGCAAAAAUAUCAAGUUUGGAUUGUAGUUCAAAACAUUGAUUAUCGAUUUUGAGGAAAAUUUUUGUGUCAUCUACAAUUAGAAAAAGUUUAGCCUUUGUGAUCCAUUUGGUAACCAAUUUAAAAAAUAGAAUAAAUAGAAGUGACUUCUUUUCUGCCAGUGAAGUAAGAGAAUAACCAAGAAAAAAGGGGAUCACCAAUUCCUAAAGAUUUGAACACCAUUAUUAGAAGACCAUGAUCCACUGUGUCAAACGCUUUAUUAAAAUCUGAAAAGAUGACAUUAACAUUUUAACCUGACCUCCAUGUCCUUUUACUUCUGAUAAAUGGGAAGUGAAGGCAACACUGCUCAUUAUAGUCGAUUUUCGUGACUUAAAACCAUGUUGCUCAUUUAUAAUAAUCUGAUUUACACUACGCUUUAUUCUAGAGUAUAUCAUUGAUUCAAAUAGUUUAGCAAAAUGAGGUAUUAUGGAAUAUGGUCAUAUUUUUUUUAAUUAUGCUUUAAUGUGUUUUUAAUAAAAAAAUUAUAUUUUAUUAAUUAAUUUUAGGGUAUAAUAGUGGACCUGUCAAUGAUACCAGAAUGAACAGAGGUGGUAACCAACCUGGGUCUUAUAAUGGUAUGUUCCAGUCUGAUGAUCAGCAAUUGUUUAUUGGAAAAAUUCCACCAGAGGUCCAUGAAAAUGACUUAAGAGUAAGUUUUUAUAAUGAAAAUGUAGUACUCAAUGAAUAUUGUUGCUUUACAUAUUUUUAUAACUAGGACUCUGAUUUAUAUGCAUUUACAUGUUUUUUUAACAGUCUAAUAACUAGCUAGUAAGCUACAUGUUUGAAUUAUAGUCAGUCAAUCCAAAAUACAAAGUUUUAUUUUGAUGUGUACUACAUAUGUCUGUAUAUUACGAUUUUUCAUUGCAUAUAAAUGGUUUUUAAAUGCAUAUUUUAUAAUUUUUUGAUGUGUGUUGCAUAUUUCCGUAUUAUAUGAUUUUUCAUUGCGUUAUAAUCGAAUAUCUAAGUGUUUUAAACCCAUUUGUUUUACUAUUGUUCCUUGGUUUUACCCACAUAUACCUAUGGUUCUUAAAGAAUUUGUUUUCAUAUAUCAUCUUAUCGCUUUUUGAUAAAGAUAAUUCGGUCUCGACUAGUUGUAAUCAUUAUUGUUAAUAUAUUUUGUAUGUUUUUAGUGCAUAUAAUUCUGGACCCUAUUUAUAACAUACUAAAUACUUAUUGAUAUUAUUAAUUUUUAUACUUCUAUUUCAUGAAAAAUUUUAGGUUAUCAAAUUAUUUUUCUACUAUUAAUUUGUCAGUGGUUGCAUUGAUUUUUGUUACCAUGUUUGUAACAUUGUUAAAUGUCACACUCACAGUGAAAAAGCUAAUAAUAUUUCAAUGGAACCUUUAAUUUAACUAAUUUAUAUUGUAGCCAACAAAUAUUUUGUCAGAAUUGUAUUUGAGCCCACAGUAUUGUAUCUGAACUUUUUCAAGCGAAAAAUCCUUACUACAACUACAACUUAUGCUAAAACACAACCAGUAAUGGUAAUUGCAUUUGUGGACAUGUGUGUUGUUAUUAUUUAUAUUGUAUACUUUAGGAACCUAUGCUAUGAAUAAGAAAUAAUAUAAUUAUCGACACUAUCAGUUGUAAGUUAUAGUAGAGGAGGAUUUGUCGGCUGAAAUUUAGUUCAGGUUAAUUAUGUAGUGCCUAAUAUACAAUUCAUAUCAAAUAUUGCUGGUAAAAUAUAGCCCUUCCUCACAUCUUAUAAUAAAUAUUUUUAAUAAUUUCAAUCAGUAAUUCAUAUUAUUAUAAAUUGGGAAUAACUAAUUAAAAUAAAAAUGUAAUAAAAACAUUUUUUUUUUCUAUCUUGCACUUUUAUUUGUAAAAUAAAAAAAAUUAAAACAACAUUCAUUGUAAAAUUAAUCUGUAAAAUACAAUUCAUCUUGGUGAAGUUCAAAGUAUCUAGGAUUGUUUGUACUAUAGAACAGAGGAUGUGAAAUAUGCAUAAAGUUGAGAGAAGUGCAAAGUGUUUUAUUUGAUUAUAAAAUUCCAAUGAUACAUGAAUGCAAGCUCUACAAAAAUUAGUGAGAUCAGUUAUGUUGUAUGGUUUUUAUUAUUAGGUAGUAGACAGACAAAUGUAGCAGAGAUGAGUAGAGCAACAAAAGAGAAUAGGUUAAGGUUUGUACCUUAUAUAUAAGGCAUGGCUUUGACAGUAGACAAAAUAGGAAUAGUAUGAUACAUAGUUUGGGCAUGUAAUAAGGGGGUGAGGAAAGUAAUCGGAAGUCGUAAGAAUGGUAAUGAUAAUAAAGAUGGAAUGAGGGAAUCCAAAAAAAAAAUAUGACCACAGCAAUAUUUUAUGAUAAAUGCUUUUGCAGAUAAGAAAUUAUUACAACAAAAGCACUUGUAAGUAACAUGUAAGCGAUAUUUAAUUUUAAGCAACUUAUAACCUUCACAACCUCUAUUUGUUUAUCGACAAAAAGUUUAAAAAAUUAUUAUAUUUAUUUUCAUAUAUAAUGUGUCAGAUGAAGGUAUUAAAUAGUGUCAAUUGACAACAUAGAAAACCAGUGAUUUCUGAAAUUAGUAAAAAUUUAGCUCACAUAGCAAACAAUAUUGAGUUAAUGUAGGAAACUGAUAAAUUUACUGUUAGAAUAUAACAUAAAUGUUAGUGUCGUUAUGUGAUUCUUAAUUGAUAUAUUUUUGUGUUUAUUUUAGACCUUGUUCGGUAAGUAUGGUAAUUUAUUGGAUGUACGAAUAAUGAAAGGUGGUAGCAAGACUGGAGAUCCGUCCAUGAAUGGCAAUUUUGGUUUUGUCAUUUUUGAAAAUGUUGAAACGGCACAUAAAGUAUUAAAAAGUCGAGUGAGUAACAACUCAAUUGAGAAAAAUAUAUUCACUAUCUAUUUUCAAAAAAAUUUUUUUAAAUAUCAAUGAAUAUUUAGCAUAUUUAUGAAUAAAUUUAAUUCUUAAGUUAGUUUUAAACUAAAAUGGUAUGAGGGUAAUUUUUUGAUUUUCCAAGCGGUGUUCAUAAUAAUUGGGAAAAAUGAGCAAAUGUAUUUACAUGUAUAAAAAAAACUUGUUUUUCAUUAUCAAUGGUUUAUCGUUGUGUACAAGUAUAAAUAAAAUUACUCUCUAUAUGCUACCUUCCCAGCUUCUCACUUACAACAUUGUGAGAAGUAUGACUGUAUUUUUUUUUUUAUACAUAUUUAACGUUUAAAUCGUUUUUUGAAUGCUUCACUUGCAAUUUAAAAGUAAAUUAAAAUGUAUUGUUUUACUUAUUUGAUAUUAUUUGAUAAAUUUUGAUAUUCUGUUUUAAUUAGUUAAAUACCAGAAAAUGUAACUAAUGCAUUAUUUAUAAUAUUUGUUCAGCCUAUUUUGUUCCCUGAUGAAAAUGGCAUCAAGUUGAAUGUUGAAGAAAAAAAACAAAAGUCCAGAUCCUCAAUGAUGAAUUCAGAGCCUAAUAAUGGUAUGGGCCGUGGCACUACCCGUGGAGGUGGAAACAGCCGUGGUGGUUUCACCAGGAACCAGAAUGAUGUCCAAAGACUCAAUUACAGAAGUCAAAAUUAAUAUAAAAAUAAUAUAUAAAAAAAAAAAAUUAAGUAUAAUUUUAAAAAGAACUUUAAUAAUAAUUCAAGAUGACCAGAAAAUCCCUAAUAAAGACGCUAUUCAGAAUUUAAGAAAGACUACAAUUUUAUACUGUUUUUCUAGAUAGCUUCAAAUUUUAUUUCCCCUGCAUUUACACAUAAUCUUUCCUAUUAAAGUAUAUAACCGUUUUUAUAGUGUUUUACUUCAAAAUAUUAACUUUGUUCAAAAUAAAUAUAUUAUAAGGUGUGUAUUGAAUUGCAAACCUAGUCAAGCAAGUUUUUUUCCCACGUGUUUUUAAUAUAUUUUUUCUGUUCACAUAUUCUUAUUGUUUUAAUUUAAAAAUAAGUCAUU